AUGACUUCGUCAGCAUUUCGAGAUUCUUUGAAUUCCUUAGGGUGGUCUCGAAGGGAUCCGGAUGUGCCGGCCAAUACCUCCUCGACCCCCAUUCUGUCUAGCCUAUCCUCGCUCAAUCCCUUCGGGCAGCGAGGCUAUGUCCAAUUACCAACCCAUGAGGCCCCAGGGGCGCCCUUACCUGCGCCGACGAGAAGAGAGGAGGAAGAGGGCUGGUUCGCAUUAAGCCGAUGGGAUCGCCUGCUUGUCUUUGGGGCAUGCAACCUGGCCGCACUGGCGUGUUUUACUCUCUGUUUUGCGCUGUUUCCGGUUCUGAUGCUCAAGGCGCGAAAGUUUGCGAUUUUGUGGUCUGCCGGUUCCUUGCUGUUUCUGGCAUCAUGGGCUGUCCUGAUGGGUCCAUACCAGUAUGCACAACACUUGACCUCUGGCUCUAGAUUACCUUUCACGGCAGCCUACUUUGGAUCCAUCAUCAUGACCAUUUACUUUGCCGUUGGGCUCCAUUCCACCGUUCUCACGCUCCUGUCCUCCAUUGUGCAACUCGUGGCUUUGGUAUGGUAUCUAGUCAGCUAUUUCCCAAUGGGCAGCACAGGGUUGCGUUUUGCGGCGAGAGUUGGAGGAGGUCGGGUCGCCGCAUGGAUGAACGACUAG